GGAAAGAGGCUUCCAACGGGGACAGUUUCAAUGGAAUAAAAACUGCGCAAUUUCUUCAAGGACUGUAUGCUCUGAUCGCGGUGGACCGUUCCUCUCUAGGAAAUUGAUACCAGUGUUUUUUUUGGAUGAUUAGGGAAUCCGUGCCCAUUGCAACCUCCGCUGCUGCGGUUACAGAAGCUGGCGAUUUUUUAACCAGAUGGUCUUCAGAGGAGGAAACGAGCUGUGCAAUCAUUUAGAAAGGCGAUGUGACUGUGCAGAGAUGCCAGAUCAAAGAUGAGUCUAUCGGUCAUGCCUUGCCCAUGGGCGAACACAUCAACAUUUCCUCAGCCUGGACUGUGAUCUAUCUCCGUGGAACAGUGCGCCCCGUGUCGACGUCUGCACCUAAACGCGUGAUGGACGUUGAAUGGGGUUUCAUGUUUUUGGGAGAGGGCUUUAGGGGGCUGCGUCAUCCGUGGCUGAAAAAGGAGAUGGACUGCUUUGCAGAUUUUCCACUAUUACACUGUUUUAACAGUCAGAGUCACCUCCCCAGCAGAAUUGGGAUUGCACAUAAAAGAGAAGAAGUGAGUAUCAUGGCCAAGCAUUUUUGGGCUAUGUUUGAGGAGCCACCAGCCCCUGACUGAAGUCACAAGUGAAACGUCUGAUAUACUCUAGGCAAGAAUAGGCAACUGUUCAAUUGCCAUUAAAGCCUGUCAAGAUGGACUGCACAGUCUGGGAAUGGAGAAUUCUGAUGCCAUUCCUUAGUGGUGGAGAGCUAUCUGCAUUUUGCUGCAAGCACCCACCUGUCCAGGUACAGGCAAUAUCUGGCCCACCCAGUUACAGUCAGUGCUCACCCAAUGUGUGCUCAGCAAUGGCAGCAGGUGGGAGGUGUAAUGGUGGCCUGCUGAAAGAGACAGACUACAUUACCCAUGACCACCAGGGUUGCAGAGCCCCAGAGAGAUGAUUGGCAGCCAAAGCUAAGACAUAACACAACUGUGAAUCAAUAACUUGGUGCUACUCUAAAAGCUAACAGGCUUUGGGGUUCUUGGUGCAAAAGACAGAGGAGUCGGACAGUACAGACAUUGUCAGUGUUGGAGUGAGGCCCUCUCUGUGCUGCAGUGGAGGGCUUCACAGACACAGCUAGUCUGGCUGGAUGCAUCACGCAGUAGAGCAGUUUGGCGGGCGUGGCACACGGGAUUCCUUCCCUCUGGACGGACUCAACCGGGGACCAUGGGCUCCCGUGGGCGGCCGCGCCUGGCAGCCACCUGCCAGGUGUUCGCCUGGAAUAAACCACCAGCUUCUUUCACAUCUACCUCCUGGUCCUAUGGGCGGACUGAACCAUCCCAGUAAAUUCUUUAGUAAUGGGCCCAUGCGAGGAUGUGAAAAACUUGAGCUCCCACAGCCAAUGUUACCAGGUCUGCAGAGGGAGCAGCCGAGACCUUCUCAUCAUCAUCUUCACCCUCCACCUCCCCACAGAGCAUGGGAGCAACUAGGUCAGCUGUAUGAAUCCCACCUCCCUCCUCAAGGACAUCCUGUUGUGCCACUGCCCAAUGAGCACACACUACGUCCCCAUAAUGGAGGCUAUGCAGGCAGUGGCGGCCCUCCCCCCAACCCCCAUCUUCCCCCCAACAGGCCAAACCAACUGCUGAAGUUUGGGGGUCCUCAGGAGCAACACGUUCCCCGGGGUCCACCAUUGCUGGGAGAUGAGAUGUGGGCUCAGGUGCACCAGCAGAGGGGCUACCCAGGGAAGAUGCUAGGGGGUCAGCUGAAGAGGCCAGGCCCUCCAUUGGGAGAGCACUCUGUUAUCCAGCACACUCCUCUACCAUCCGUGCACCCGUCCUCCCACCCAGCUGCAGAAGACUGUCCAAGCCCCAGCAAGAGAAAAAAGAGUUUGGAUCAGGUAUCCCAUCCUGGACUGCAGCGUUUCCCUGGCCCUGGCCAGUCUCUGCCAUCUCAGCACCAGUUAUCAGUCCACCACCUCCCUCCAAAAGCUGCCUUCUGGAACCCUCUUCACAAGAACACUCCUUGGCAGCCCCAGACUUCUGACCGCAAGAACCCACAAUCGCAGGAGUUCCAGCUCAGAACAGAAACCAACAAACAAGGAAUGGGUAGCUAUGCCCAAAAGUCCUCUCCUGCCUCUUCCACUCCUUCAAACUUCUCACCUCCACCAAACUCCUCCCCUGGAAGCUACAGGCAGGGAUGUGCUCCUCAGCUCCAAAAAGAUGCAUUCCAACCUCAGGCUGUAAACCAGCAGUCCCCUCACUCCUCCUACCCCAGCUCCAAACCCUGCCAGACCAUGGAGCCUCGUGGUGCUCACAACCAGAGAAGCCCUCUCAUUGGGGGCCAAGGUGGCGGCCAAGUUACCUCUCACACGGCAUCUACCCCAACCAGGGGAGACAGAGAUCAACAUCUACAUGCCCAAUUGUCACCAGCAAACCCUCCUGCAACCAGCACCAGCAGCAGCAGCAGCAGUGUGCCUUACAGCCACUUCCAGCCUCAUCCAGGGCUCGGUCACAAGGGCCCCCCUCCACCUCCUUCUCCUGGUGGCAGCACCUCAGUACCUCAGCGUCUGCAAAGUAGGCCCCAUGAGGCCUGGAGAUACCAGAGCAGGCCCAGCAGUCACUCCCUAGAGUCGGGCAUCUACAGGCCUCCAGGACUGCUACCUCAGAGCCAGCAAAGCCACAAUCAGGUCGCGGAUAGCCGGGUUCCAGUUCCUUCCCAGCAUCACCACCAUGUCAGCCCUCCUCUGCCCCAAACCAAUUCUGCUCGAACACCUGUUAUCACAGCCAAUCUUCCCAUAUCCCAGGCCUCUUGUGCCAUUGGUGGCUAUAGUAACAGCAGGAGCUCUACUGGUGUAACCAUGGCUGGUGUCUCCACUGUAAACACAUCACUCCCUGCUGGUUGCCCUGUGAACAAUGGCAGCAGUAAUAGCAGUUGGCAGAGAGGAAGAGAGCCAGUAACCCAAACCUCCGCCCGUGGCGUCACUAGCCCCAUCUCUCAGCUGGAUGCUAUGCUGCAGCCAGGAUGUCAGAUAGGCCAAACUACCACUGCGAACCAGCUUCAACAACAGGAGCUGCCCAGACCACAACAGGGACCCACCAAGUCCCGGCCCACGAAGGGGAAGACGCCAUACUAUGUUCAGGCAGAGCUGGAGCAAACUCCUGCAUUUUCCUCAUCAUCUUCAUUGUUCUCCUCAGGGCACCAGAGGGCAGGGGACAGUGUGAUUACAAGCAGAGUUUCAAAUCCUCUUCCUAGCUCUGCUACUACAUACCGCUCAGCUCCACGCUCCACUGGUGGUACUGCACCUCAGCCAUCCAAUCCAUCCAUUCCAGCCCUCUCAUCCAGACUGGGUCAUCAUUUAGAAUUUCCUGUGACACAGGCGUACUCUGAGCCCCAGAUUUGUCCACCAGCUCAGACAUCUGUUCCUCAAUCCAUUGAAGAGGCUCUAGACAAGCUUGAUGCAGAGCUAGAGGGUCACAUGCAAGCUGAAGAAAAGAGGAAGAGGGACAGAGAAGUGGAGCAAGAGAGAAAAAAUAGAGAAGAGCAAAGGCAAAAGAAAGAAUGGGAGAUGAGACAAAAGCGGGACGAAGAAAGGAAGAGGAAGGAGCUGGAGAAGGAGGAGGAGAGGAAGAAGAGAGAACUGGACAGACAGGAGGAGGAGAAGAGAAGGAGAGAAUGGGAGAGACAGGAGCAGGAGAGAAAGAGGAGGCACGAAGAAGAGAGGAGGAGGCGAGAGGCAGAGAGGCAGGAGGAAGAGAGGAGAAGGAGGGAAUGGGAGAGGCAGGAAGAGGAGAGGAAAAAGAGAGAAUGGGAGAAGAAGGAGCGGGAAAGGAAAAGGAGAGAGUGGGAGAGGCAAGAAGAGGAUAGGAAGAAGAGAGAAGCAGAGAGGCAGGAGCAGGAGAGAAAGAAGAGAGAACUGGAGAGGCAGGAGGAAGAAAAGAAAAAACAAAGAGAGUGGGAGAAGAAAGAGGAGAAAAAAAGAAUGGAGAGAAAGAGGGAGGAGGAACUGUGCAGUGCAAAAGGCAAAGAGCAGACUGCUAUUGAAAAUCUGGAGAGACUACUCUCCUGCAACACUUCCCCAACACCACAACCUCCUCGGCUCUCUUCUGUUAAUGCACCUCCUUCAGAUCCAUCACCCCCCAGCUCCCAGGCCUCACCCCCUUACCCCUGGCUAAGCCGUGGUGGCGUGCACCCCUGUCCACCAGGUCAGACACCUACCACUACUACUCCUGUAGAAAGACUGCGGCCGCCCCCCCUUACACCUCGGCCACCCCCCCUUACACCUCAGACGGAGUAUGCCAGAGAAAAGCAAAGACAGAGGGAGAUGUGGAGCAACAAUGGUGGAACGACAUUCAGUCCCUCAUCAACAAACAAUACCUCAGGGAUGAACCAGUCGGUAUACCCCAACAAGCCCCCGACAAUGCAAGCCGCACCCAACCAAUCCAAAGACUCAGCCACGGCGAGAGACAGCAGCCAACACUCUCUCCCUACCUUGGCACUUAGAGAACCCCCCAAACUGUAUCAGGCUUUCCCCAGAGAAAACCUCACACCCCCACGCUCAUCGUCCAGCUCCAUGAGGGAAAUCCUCCACGCGCCGGUGACAAGUAGUGGUUUGAAAAAUGCCAGCAGCUGUGGCACUGACUCUGCCCAGUUUGAGGAAGAGCCCUCUGAGUUGUCCACAUUGCUUCCCGAUGGUUUGGCUAACAUUAUGGCCAUGCUCGAUGAAUCUAUCAAAAAGGAAGAGGAGAUGUAUAUCAGUGAAAAGACUGGGUCCACACGUCUUCUUGACAACUUUACUCCUAGUGUCCAGCCUAUCAAGAGUUACCUUUGUGCCCCAGACCUCAUUCCAGCAAUGAAGCAUCAGCCCAACCAGGAAGACUUUGGAUCCAAUCCUCAUGCUAGCCCUCCUGUGCUCAGUCGCCAAGGCUCUCUGGCUUCCCCUUGCAGCCGAACAUCUUCUCUCAAUGAAGAGGAUGAGGACUGCCUUAAACCCUCUCCAAACACCCCUCUGAACCCUAAACGGUCAAUGGACAUGGGAGAGGGGAACACCAAUUACCGCCACAGUGACCUGGCUAAACUUUAUGGCCUCCCAGAGCAAACUAAAAGUGAGGCUGACGAGGAAGAGGACGAGGAGGACCCUGAGACACCUUCUUGUUCUCCACCACCCCAAAGACCCCACCUCCACCAAACAGGUGUAAACAGCAUGUUCAAGUCCCUAGCAACAGUCCUAGAGAGCCGGAAGUAUGCUUACCGUGGUGGACCUUUUGGUAGACCCCCUCCAUCAGCUCUGCUUGGGGUCAAAUAUUCCUCGUCACUGUCGCUGGGCCCUGAUAUAUGCCGCCAGCAGCAAAACAGUUCUCCCACGUCAGAUCCACCAUUCAGUCCAGCUGUCCCACCUGUUAAGUCCUCCCCUCCUCCUCUGCUAGAAGACAAGAAAUUGAAAAUAGAGGGCGCUGAUGUCUGGAGAGAUGAUGGAGAUACAAUGGAGGACAGAUUAAAGUCUACCAUAAAUCCUAUUAAGGUGGUCAAAGAGGAGCGGUUGUUGAAGACCAUCUCGGAGUCCUCUCUGGCAGAGUUGGGUAAAAGCUGCGAGGUCAUGCUUAGUCGACAGUCACUUCCUAACAAGAAUUCCCUCGAUAAACCCGAUGGCCAUGUCAAAGUGGAGGACAGACACAAACCUGAGAAAGUAAAGGGACACAGAGAGAAAGACAGGCACAGGGAUAGAGAUAAAGACAGGGAGAAAUAUAAAAAGAAAAAGCAAAGUCACUGCCACAGGAGCACCAGGAAGCACGAAGACAGAAAAGAAAAGAAGCAUAGAGAAAAGAGAGAGAUGGUCUUCUCCUCAUCUUGUUCAUCAUCAUCUUCCUCCACUCAUUUCAGCUCCAGCCACAAGCGGCACAAGAGCGAUAAAGAGAAGAAGGACCGCAGAAUUCUCGGCGACCUCAACCUCCAGAGCAAAAAGGGGUCUGAGAAUAAUCGGGGUCAUUAUGACACAGAUCAAACAAAACAAAAUGAGCCAUCUGGUGCCAGCCCCACCAGUGGAGAGCAUUCAGAAUGGACCUCGAGAAGUUCUAGCGAGAGAUCUUCUGAGGAGAAAAAAGACUCUGAAUCUGGUUCUUCGUUGGGUUCAACAGACUUCUUGAAACUGAAGGCGCUGUCAGAUGGCCCACCCAAAGAGCUAAAGAUUCGCCUAAUAAAAGUAGAGAGCGGGGACAGGGAGACAUUCAUAGCGUCUGAGGUGGAGGAAAAGAGGAUCCCAUUGGAGGAAAUCAACAUUACAAACACUGCCAGUGAAAUCAUCAGAUCCUGCAAGGGGGCCAGAAUUAAAGGGAAGUUCAAAGAAUCUUUCUUGCUCCCAGCCUUCUCUGUCAAGCCCGCCAUGACCUCGGACGAACCCAUUCCCAGAGAGAAACUCAACCCUCCUACACCCAGCAUCUAUUUGGAGAGUAAAAGGGAUGCAUUCUCCCCUGUGCUGCUGCAGUUCUGUACAGACCCAAAAAAUCCUGUUACUGUCAUCAGAGGCCUGGCUGGAUCUCUACGACUCAACCUGGGGCUGUUUUCUACAAAGUCACUGGUUGAGGCUAAUGCAGAGCAGGCGGUAGAGGUGAGGACCCAGGUGCAGCAGCCUGCUGAUGAGAACUGGGACCCCAGUGGGACGGGCCAGACAUGGCCCUGCGAGAGCAGCCGCUCCCACACCACCAUUGCCAAGUAUGCCCAGUACCAGGCCUCCAGCUUCCAAGAGAGUCUGCAGGAGGAGAAAGGCAGCGAUGAUGAGGAUGAUGAAGAUGAGAAGAAGCCUUCUUGCAGUUCUGAUAUUCCAAACAAGGACAGCUCUAAAGAAAGUAUCAGUGCUGAGCAGAAACAAGUGGGGAAGAUAAUUAAGUUUGGCACUAAUAUCGACCUCUCAGAUCCCAAGAGGUGGAAGCCUCAGCUUCAGGAGUUGCAGAAGCUGCCAGCCUUUAUGCGAGUAGCAUCUAGUGGAAACAUGCUGAGUCACGUCGGACACACCAUCCUAGGCAUGAACACUGUCCAGCUCUACAUGAAAGUUCCAGGAAGCCGAACGCCAGGUCACCAGGAGAACAAUAACUUUUGCUCAGUGAACAUAAACAUCGGCCCUGGAGACUGUGAGUGGUUCUCUGUCCAUGAGAACUACUGGCAGGCCAUUAGCGACUUCUGUGAAAAGCACGGAGUGGACUAUCUGACAGGGUCCUGGUGGCCAGUGUUGGAGGACCUCUACAAAGCCAACAUCCCAGUGUACCGCUUCAUCCAGCGGCCGGGAGACUUGGUGUGGAUCAACGCUGGAACUGUUCACUGGGUUCAGGCCGUAGGCUGGUGCAACAACAUCGCCUGGAAUGUUGGACCACUCAACGCUUACCAGUACCAGCUGGCCCUGGAGAGAUUUGAGUGGAAUGAAGUGAAGAAGGUCAAAUCCAUCGUCCCCAUGAUCCAUGUGUCCUGGAACGUGGCCCGCACUGUCAAGGUCACCGACCCAGACACUUUCAAGAUGGUCAAACACUGCUUGCUGCAGUCCAUGAAGCACAUCCAGGUCCUCCGGGACCAACUGGUGGCUGAUGGCAAGAAGCUUUCCUAUCAGAGUCGGGUCAAGGACGAGCCUGCCUACUACUGCAACGAGUGUGACUUGGAGGUGUUCAAUUUGUUGUUUGUGACAAGUGAGAGCAACAGCAGGAAAACAUAUGUGGUUCACUGUGAGGACUGCGCACGUCAGCGUAGCCCAAACCUGACCAACGUAGUGGUGCUAGAGCAGUACCGCAUAGAGGAGCUAAUGAACACCUAUGACUCCUUCAACCUGGCCUCGUCAUCCUCCCGGUGACAGAGCUCCCCCCCUGCAUCUCCUCAGCCAUAACCAAAACUCCUGCAAGCCAGGACAAAAGACACAGUUACACUUUGGUUUUCAACAUACCCUUUCAUUAUUUAAGAUCCUUUUUGCUACUACUACUGCAAAUACUUGCCGAACAGCCAGUUGAAUAAGUUUACUCAUUACUGUUUACAAAAAUAUAUACCAAGCCGCCAAUAAAAUACCAGUUUACUCUCAGAUGGUGCUUUCAACCUGACACCCUGGCAACACUGAAGUUGAGAACCAGGGGCAGUUGGUGCUGCCAUUCAACAAACUGCAGAGGGUAGUUGAUGGUGUGUCUCUGUUGUUGUGUCUUGAAUACUGAAAUUUGUACAUGCUGUUUGCAAUUUUUGUGGGGUGCUGUCUUUUUAAAAAAUAAUUUAUUGUUUUUUUUCUAAACUAGAUCAGCCUAUAUACCACAUUGGCCUUGUAUUUAGAAAAGAGAAAAUGAAAAAUACUAAUAAUAGAGAUAUGAACAUUUUUCUAAAGCAUUAAGAAUAAAAAAAAAACACAACAUACGGGUUUUAACAACUUUGGUUCUUUUUGGGGGGGGGGGGUUUCAUUUUGUCUUUUAGAUUCUUGUAUCUCUUGUAAAUCUUGUGUUUGUAUUAAUUAUACUUUUAUUUCCUCUGGAGAUUAGUAUCCAGUUGUCACUUAUCAGGUCCUUUUGUUAAUUUCUUCCCUCUCUGUAUGGGCUCUAAAAAGAAAGAAAUCAUUGCCGUCUGGUGUUCGUGUGUUGUACCUCUGACUGUUUUGUUUCAAUAUGCAGACUUGAUAUUUUCUGGAUUUAUUUUGGCAUUGUACAUUUAAUUUAAAAUGUUUCCUCUAUUUAUUGGAUAUCAAUGUUCUCCCUUAAUAGGGUUGUACAAGUUCGCAACCUUUUUUUUUCCCCUCUGUAUUUUUUUAUUGAGACCGAUUGCUCUGUAAGAACUGAACUGUGGGGGUUGUGUUCACAGGAGCGGGGGCUGCUGUUUCUCUGGUGCUUGCCUCAUGACUCCUGCCUUCUUCUCCUGAUAUACAUUAAAUGAUAUCUUUAUCUUGAACAUAACACCACCUUUCCUGUAGACCAUAGGCACACCGCUCACGUAGAGAAGAUGACUAAUGGAAUGCUCAUAAGGAGAGAAGAAAAAAAACUUUCUGAGAAAUGGUAAAUUUUUUAUUAUGUAGGGCUUUUAGAUGAGAUUUUAUUGAUUUUAUAAUAUCUGUUAAAUAUGAUAACGGGAUAGAUGGUGCUAAAUGUUCUCUUUGAACAACUUUUUCUGUUUUCUUCUUAAAAUGAGAAAUCUAUUUUUCCUGUUGCAAUAUUACCAUACCCUUUUCCUUCACUUUGUGGUCAUUUAUUUAUAACUGCACUGUUUAGAGAAAUUACACAGACAUACUUGCAGACACACACACACAACCAAACUGAGCCAGACAUGUCUUAAACACUUGUGAAUUUGUGUGACAUUACUAUGACUAUUAAUAAUAAACGCUUUUUGAUAAAUCCAGAA